ACCUACAUGUUUAAAAUAAUGUAUGAAUGUAAGGUCUAACAUUUCUAAGAUUUUAGAGAGGCUCAAGGCUCACUUGCCUUGUGAUGAGCCGCCGCUGCCUCUGUUUUCAGGCAGGGCUUUAAACGCGUCUCUGGCCAUGGUCCUGAAAUGCUCUCUUUCCUUUUCUUUGGAAAGUAGCGAAUGCUGCUUAUCCUGGAACGCUUUAUAGCACACUAAUUUAUUAUUUUAGAAUAUAUGUCAUAUUAAGGUUUAAUUUUCCAUUCAUCAUCAUUGAAAAUCUGGAUAAUUUGAGCAGCUACCCAUUUUUCUCCACUUACAUUUUCGUCAAAUCUUUUAUAUUUAAUUAGACUCAGAGGUUUCACAGAGUAAGAAUUUCAUUGUAUAGUGCAGCAAAGUUUUUUUUUGUAUGACAAUAAAGCUCUUCAAUCUUGAUAAAGUUUCUACCUUUAUGGUGAUUGUUUAUUCCGAUGGACAUUUGCUGUUACUAUAUUUUUUCUAAAACAUUUCUGAAACUUUGUGAAAGUGGAUGGGUUUGGUUGUUUCUGUAGUUCAUCAGAAUGGACUCAAAGUGCCGCUAUUGGUCAGUGUGUCACAGUUUAGAGAGCAGAUUUCCAGCAGUUCCACCCCCAUCAUCUCAAUAUUAUAAGAGAGAGAGAGAAAGGCUGAAGCUUAGCACACAGUCUUAUGAGGAUGAGAAAUAACCCGAAUCACGGAGAUAUAUAAUUUAAUCUCUAUCUGGAUUUACGUGUCAUUUUUUUACUGUUUCAUGCUUUGGACAUAUAAGGAUUUUUGUCGACACAUUUUGGAUUGAUACUUUAUCUCAGUCUUUAUCUUCCUGCUCUUCUGCACAAUGUCGGACAGAACAAUGGCGCGGCAAGUACUGCUGUUUAUUUGGUUUCUCUCUCUCAGUUCAGCUCUCGGGCAGGUCAGUUACUCCAUUCCUGAGGAAAUGGCAAAAGGCUCUUUAGUCGGUAACAUAGCGCAGGAUUUGGGUUUAGAUUUAAAGAGACUAAAAUCUGGCAAAGCCCGAAUUUAUACUGGAGACAGCGCUGAAUACAUCGAGCUGAAUAAAGACAGAGGCGUCCUCCUUAUCAAAGAGAGAAUAGACCGAGAGGCGCUAUGCGGACAGACAACGCCUUGCGCACUACAUUUACAGAUUAUUCUUGAUAAUCCAAUGGAACUGUUUCGAGUAACUGUUGAAAUUAAAGACAUAAAUGACAAUUCUCCUGUUUUUAAAAGAAACGAGAGACGAUUUGAGAUAAGUGAAUCGGCUGUCCUAGGAUCAAAAUUUGUGCUGGAGAAAGCGAUAGAUGCAGACAUUGGCUCGAAUGAUCUGCAAAGUUAUUUUCUACAGCCUACCGACCAUUUUAAUUUAAAACUUCAUAGUCAGAGUGAUGGAAGUAAAAAGGUUGAGAUGAUUCUACAAAAGCCUUUAGACCGAGAAAAACAGGAGAACAUGUCUUUGGUGUUAACGGCAGUUGACGGUGGAGAACCACCGAAAUCAGGGACCGUUCAGAUACAUAUAACUGUGCUUGAUGUAAACGACAAUGCUCCAGUUUUUUCUAAAUCUAUGUAUAGAGCAAUUAUUUCUGAAAAUUCCCAAACAGGCACUUCAGUCAUCUCUGUUAGCGCUUCCGAUUCAGAUAAAGGGACAAAUGGAGAGGUUAGUUACUUAAUUGGAAAUAGUGAUGGAGUGUCUGAUAUUUUUCAAAUAGAUGAAAAUGGUUUGGUGACGCUGGUCGGAAAACUCGACUUCGAAACAUCCAAGCAUUACCAAAUUGAUAUAGAAGCAGUAGAUAACGGUGGGCUGUCAGAUUCUAGUAAGAUAAUCGUGGACGUGAUUGACGUAAAUGAUAACGCGCCUGUCAUCACUGCUAUGUCAAUAUCUACAGCGAUACCCGAAGAUUCGUCACAAAGUACAGUGAUUGCAAUUAUCAGUGUUAAUGAUCCGGAUUCCGAUAGUAAUGGGGAGGUUCGAUGCAGUGUAAAUGAAAAUAUUCCUUUUACGAUUAAAUCCACUUCUAAUGGAUUUUAUAGUAUUGUGACAGACAAUGAUUUAGAUCGCGAGAGAGAGUCUCAGUAUAAUAUCAGUGUGACGUGCGCUGAUGAGGGCGUGCCCUCUCUAUCCAGCAGCGUCACUCUCUCUUUACAGAUAUCAGAUGUUAAUGAUAACGCACCUGUUUUUGAGAAAAGUUCUUAUGAGGCCUUUGUUCAAGAAAACAACACACCGAGUCUUUCCAUCUUCACAGUCCGAGCCAGAGACGCAGAUUUUAACCAAAAUGCUCGCGUGUCUUACAUACUGGAGGACUCCUCUGUUAACGGAGUGCCCGUCUCCUCGUUAGUGUCUGUCAGUGCUGAUAGUGGAGUCAUACACGCUGUGCGAUCUUUUGAUUACGAGCAGAUAAAAGAUUUUCAUUUCCGCGUAAAAGCGCAAGAUGGAGGCUCACCUCCUCUCAGCAGCAAUGUGAGCGUGAAAAUAAUCAUUCAGGACCAGAAUGACAAUGCGCCUCAGGUUCUGUAUCCGGUCCAGUCUGGUGGUUCCGUGGUGGCUGAAAUAGUGCCUCGUUCGGCAGAUGUGGGUUAUCUGGUCACUAAAGUGGUCGCUGUUGAUGUGGACUCUGGACAGAAUGCCUGGCUCUCAUAUAAACUGCAGAAAGCCACAGACAGGGCGCUGUUUGAAGUGGGUUUGCAGAAUGGAGAAAUAAGAACUGUACGUCAAGUGACAGAUAAAGAUGCUGUGAAACAAAGACUCACUGUUGUAGUGGAGGACAACGGGCAACCCUCUCGUUCAGCUACAGUCAAUGUUAACGUGGCGGUGGCGGACAGCUUUCCUGAAGUGCUCUCGGAGUUCACCGACUUUACGCACGACAAGGAAUACAACGACAACCUGACUUUUUAUCUAGUCUUGGCUUUGGCUGUAGUUUCGUUUCUUUUUAUCGUGUCUAUCAUCGCCAUAUUAUCAGUGAAAUGUUACAGAUGGAGACGCGAGCGAAUGCUUUACAAAUCUGGAGCGAAUCUUCCAGUUAUUCCGUAUUAUCCGCCCCUUUACGCAGACGUCGGUGACAGGAACUUUACAGCACGUGUACAAUUAUGAUGUUUGCAGAACCACUGACUCCAGAAAGAGUGAUCUGAAAUAUGUCAGACCUUACAGUGAGAGCAUCAUUAGUCUGGACACCAGUGGAACACAGACACUCACGCAUGCCCAGAAUAAGAAACUUAACGACGACGAU